AGGGUUAUUUUUAAAGACACUAAAACCCCACCCCUGUUCUACUUCUUCUCUUGUCCAGAAACGCACCCCAUUUUUGAGCCUCUGAGAGCGAGAAGUCGCCGCCCACAUGGCGGAAACCGCCCAGGAGAAAACCCCCAGCCUCGCCGAGCAAUGGUCGCUCGAGGACAAAGAGGAGAAGUCAGAUCAGACUGAGGUCCCUGUCGAGGAAACAACAGGGGAUGGGAAGCCUGCCGAUGCUACUUCGGAGGAAGCUGUCCUAGAGAAGACUGAUGUAACCCUUGUUGCAGAUGCAACUAAAUCUGUUGCGGAGGAAAACAGUGAAACCCCUGUGCAAGAACAUACAGAAUCACAAGAAGCUACUGAAGAGAAGUCGGUGCUUGACACGGCCCCAGAAGAUUUCCAUUUUCCAAAGCCCGCUGAUGCCACUUCUGAGGAUGCUGUCCCAGAGAAGACUGAUGAGACCCAUGUUGCAGAUGGAACUAAUCCUGUUGCAGAGGAAAAUGCUGAAACUCCUGAGCAAGAAGAGACAGAAUCGCAAGAAGCUACCGAAGAGAAACCAGUGAUAAAGCUUGAGACAGCCCCGGCAGAUUUCCGUUUUCCAACAACAAAUCAAACAAGGCAUUGCUUUACUCGCUAUUGUGAAUAUCACAAGUGCAUAGCAGCAAAAGGGGAGGGAGCUCCUGACUGCGACAAGUUUGCAAAAUAUUAUCGCUCACUUUGCCCAAGUGAAUGGAUCGAGCGAUGGAAUGAGCAACGGGCAAAUGGCACCUUCCCUGGUCCUUUAUAGGUGGCCAGUGCAAACAACUCUUGGUAAAUUCAAACCUUAUUUUUGAGAUUCUGGAAACUGGAACAUCAUUAUCUGUACUGAGGGUCAUCAGAAGCUCUUAUUUCAGAAAAUCGAAUAAAAAUUUUGGCUUGUCUUAAAGUCCAAAGAAAGGUUUCACACAUUGAUGAAUGAAUUUGCCUAAAAUGCAGCUUUUCCACCACAGCAUUUGACUGAACCAUCAAGUUCAGUAACAUGAUGCAGAUUGUAACAGCUGGAAAUCUAACACUUGAAUAAUUGUUUAUUGGUUUCUUCAUCGGAUCCUUAUUUCAAACUUAUAUUCAGAUACAAAUUGAGGAAUUACAGAUACUUAAAAUAUUGACGUUUGGUAUUGA